GACACUCAUCCAGUUUGUGAACAAUAUUUGGUUAUUAGACAUUGCAGCUUAACUGCAAUCAUAAGUAAUGUCAACAUUUGUUAUCUCUCGAGUAUAUUAAUGUGAGCUGAUUAUUGAUAUAAAUGAGAUUAGUUUCAGAACGAGGAGGUUGUUGAUAUCAACUUCAAUGGAGUUAUGCGGAGUAUUGAUAACCUUGAUAAUUACACUUGUGUUGCUGUUCUGGAUAUGGACCAAAAACGUCCAUAGCUUCUGGAGCAGAUGUGGCGUAGACACCCCACCGUACUCGUACAUAUGGGGUCAUUUAAGGACGCCGUUCUUCCAUGGUGCCCCUCUGGGUGACAGAAUCAAGCUGAUUUACAAUUAUCUCAAGUCUAAGGGUUUGAAACACGGUGGGUUUUAUGUGCUGUUCGAAUCAUGGUACGUACCGAUGGACCUGGAUGUAUUGAAAGCUAUCUUACAGACCGACUUCCAACACUUUGUGGAUAGAGGGGGGAGGGUCAUAGAAGGCGAUCCUUUGACUGCGCAUCUGCUGAAUUUGAAAGGCGGUAAAUGGAAGAGGAUGAGAAGCAAACUGACACCCGCUUUCAGUUCUGGAAAGAUGAAGAUGAUGUUCGAGACUUUGCUGGAUUGCACACAUAGCCUCAAGAAGGUGAUGGAUCAACUGGAGGGCGAAGAAGUAGACAUAAAAGAUAUUUUAGGCAGGUUCACAACUGAUAUAAUCGGUACAUGUGCUUUCGGUAUAGAGUGUAACAGCUUGGAAAAUCCAGAAAAUGAGUUCAGACAGAAAGGAAAAGCUGUGUUCGAGAAACCGAAAGAUUUCUGGAUGACCAUAUACGAACAAUUCUUCAUCUACUUCCCGAAUUUGAUGAAAUUCCUGAAUCUCACGUACAUCGAGAAAGACCUGACGAAUUUCUUCGUUGGAAUAGCCAGAAAUACAGUCGAAUAUCGGGAAAAAAACAGCGUGAGACGGAAGGACCUCAUGGACCUCUUGAUACAACUGAAAAACAAAGGAAAAUUGACAGACGAUGAACAGUUUUCGAUAGAAGACAACGCCAAUGACAACAACCGUAUCAGCAUGGAUGAUCUUGCAGGCCAAGCUUUUCUUUUCUUCGAAGCUGGCUUCGAAACAUCCUCCACAGCUAUGACUUUCUGUUUGUACGAACUAGCAGAGAAUAAGGACAUUCAGGAUAAGUUAAGGGACGAAAUAAACCUGGUUCUUAAGAGAUACGAUGGCAAGAUCACGUAUGAUGCCAUAAUGGAUAUGCCGUACUUGGAAAUGGUGCUGCAAGAGUCUUUGAGGAAAUAUCCUCCCAUACCCGCCUUCAGGAGGACGUGCACUAAGGCGUACAAGAUACCUGGUACAGACAUAGUGCUUCAAAAAGGGUCAAAAGUAGUGAUCCCAGUUUAUGGCAUUCACUACGAUCCCCAGUAUUACCCCGACCCUGACCGGUUCAACCCGGAGCGAUUCUCGGAUGAAAAUAGGAAAAACAGACAUCCUUGUGCUUUCCUUCCUUUCGGUGAAGGACCUCGUAUGUGCAUAGGCCUCAGAUUUGGCCUGAUGGAAGCAAAGGUCGGAAUCAUAACUCUGUUGAAGGAUUACGAGUUUGAGGUUUGCAGCAGGACCAGAAGACCUUUUGAAUGGGAUCCUAAAAAUUUUGUGCUGUCAGCGAAGGGAGAUAUUUGGCUGAGACAUAAAAAGAUCGAUUGAGGAAAACUGCCCAGUUUUUAGUCAACGUCUUGCUUUUUGCUUGGGGCAAUGUUUUUUAUUUAGAAAAUAGGGCAUAAUCAAGUAUUAUAAUAAUUGUAGAUUUCUGCCAGUGCGAUUUAUUUUGAUAUCUUUCAUGGUGUAAACUACCUUCAUUAUAAUAAAGUUUGAGAAAGA